GUGAGCUACUAGUCUCUGGAACAUUUCAGUACAGAGAUGUAUUAUUAUUAUUAUUAUUAUUAUUGUUAUAAUACAUGUGUCUCAGUGGCGGAGUUUGUCGUGCAGCAUCACAGGAAUGCUGCACAAUUAGUCCCUGUUAAAAGGGCGGAUACUGCAGGGUUUCAUGGUCACAGGGAGGAAGGAGGGCGAGGAGUACUGCUGCCCUCCCACAUCUGACCCAGAGGUUGUGCAAUAGCCUGCUCAUCAGACAAAUGGCUUUAAGCUGGAAACACAAAGAGAUACACAUGGCAGCUGUCGGGUCAGACUGAAGUCAUUUACUGGGCUUUUGUUGUGGCUGUUGUUUCUGAGAGGCUCACCUAAAACCAUGCAGCAUUUCAGGAAUGCCACUCUUUCUCAGAGUGUGAAUAGGUGUAGAAUGACAGUCAUGCUGCUGUAUUAAUAAUCUUUCUGCUGGCGAGAAUGAAGCCGUGAUGGGUUUGAGGAAGCCGACUGGUGCUCAGAUACAAAACAGACCUUCAUGCUUUUUAGGAACACAACUUCUGCCACAACAUGGCCGCGAGUCAGAAUAACUACUGGGGACAGCAUGACCUGUACAGAGAGUGCUUUGGCCUGAGUGCCGACAUCGAACACAACCUGACAGAACUUCAACAACAGCAAAUGGCCAAGGACUUUAACUGCAACAUCUCUCUCUCCCAGUCUCCUUUCUAUUCUGAUACGUACCGCCUAGCGCCUGAUAACACAUUGCGACCCCAUGAGGGAGACCAGGUGGUGCCUUCCUCCCAGAGACGCACAGUAUUUGGGGGCCACCAGAGAGAAGCCAAACCCCUGCCUCCUCUCCCUGACCCUGAGGAGCUCAUGUCAGAUGAGGCAGCAGACAGUGAGGUGGAGUUUUUCACCAGUGACCGGCGGCGCCUUUUGCCCAAAAGCUGCCCCAAGGCCAUGUGCAGGGGUGUGAACAGAGACUUUGGCCAAGUGAAUUAUGCUUAUCAGGAGAGCUCGUUGCGGGCUGGUGGCGCUGGGACUGACUCCAUUGCUUUCUCUUGGCCAGGCAGACAGGACAGACCAACAGGUAGAGGAAGUGGGUUUUGGGCACUAGCUCUCCAGAGAGAGGACCACCAGCGUGUGGUGUCACCAGUCGGGGAUAUGGUGUGUAGCAAACAACCAGACCAACACCAACCAUCCAGACUAAGGUUUCCCUCUUCAGGCCAGGCUUUCCAGCCUCCCGGCAUUACAACCUGCCCCACUGACAAGCCGCAAAUCCCUCCCCGUAUCCCCAUCCCGCCAAAACCUCCCGCUCUCUUCAGGACUGUGAGUGCCAACGAGGAAGACAAGCCUCCGAAAAUUCCUCCAAGGGUCCCCUUGAUCCCACCCUGCCCACCACGUACCCCAAGCCCCAAAAGCCUUCCAAUAUAUAUCAAUGGCGUGAUGCCUGCCACACAGAGUUUUGCUGCUAACCCAAAAUAUGUGAGUAAGGCAUUGCAGAGACAGCAGAGUGAAAGGACGCCACCCGCAGCUCAGUUUUCUCCCUGCAUUGUUCCCAUUUUGAAGGACGGCAGACAGGCCAGCGCCACACACUAUAUCCUCCUGCCGCCGGGCCGACCAGCGUACUCAGACAGACGAGAAAGACUUCGGAGUGAACCGACCAGAACAGGAAACAGCAGCAUCUGGCAGAACAGAUAGAAACUCUCGUUUAUGUCUCAAACUUGAUGAGUAAAAAACUGACUGACAUUAAUAACCAUGUGAUACACUAUUGCACACAGUGUGUGAAAACAUCUACAUGCUACAUUCACAUUUCUAAUGUUACUGUCUAUGACGAUGUAUUUUAAGAUCACUUAUGUCACUCAACACUGUGAGGAUUUUGUCUGUUUUUAACUGAACAUUUUACCGGUCAGUAUUUUAGCAACAUGGAAAACAUCAUAACAUUCCAGUAUUUUUCACUAAUAGUGGAGAAAUAUUUUCACUUUGGUUUACUACAGUUAUCUCACAGGGAACAUGUCUCAUCACUCGUUAAUUUUUAAGUCUGACAGCCUUAUGUUCAUAUCAAUAAUCCUAUAUUCUUUACAAGAGAGUUAAAUAAUUACUGUAUGUACAAGCUGGGCUUGUACCAAACUGUCCAUCCCAUCCCAUGUGUGUUUCUUUUUUAUGACAAUGCUGCUUGAAAUGUUAAGUAAGAUGUUUUGAUAGAUUUACUGUUUUGCUUAAUGAUUCUCACAUUUAGAUUUAUGGUAAAUUGAACAAUGAACAAUGUGGCUGGUUGAUAUUAAGACACACACAACCAACAUUUAACUCACUCAUGCAGGCUCUUUGUGCAGAUGCACUUCAUUUUUCUUAUGCAGCUUUCAAAUUUACACCAAGCUACAUCCUUACCUGCAAAAUACUCGACAUUCUCAUAUAAGCAUUGACUCUUGCAUCAUAUUUCUAUGCUUGUGAGCACAAAGGAAAAUUCUGUGAGCCAAACACAAACAGAAAAGCAGCCCUGCCACCAGAACACAUGACUGAAACCUGCGGCCACCCUUAAAUUAAUUGACAGGUCUUUUAACGCAUAUGAACUACACACGUCAACAAGCAUAUGUUUUUGGUUUUCUGAUACAGUAGAGUUUGUAUACUAAAGUAAAAGAAGCCUUAAUUUUCUGUUCUGAUCAGUUGAAAAACUUUUAAUCAUUAUGAUAAAUUGUUUCCAUUAUGUACGUGCAUUUAGCUCAGUGUAUAUAUGGUCAGCAAAGUACAGAUUGGGCCUUUAAUGAUUCUUUAUUGAUGUGUGUGUGGGGGGGCGGGCAUGGAAACCAUGUUACGUUUACACUGUUGAGGUCCAGACCCCCGUUUACAGCCUUUGUUACAUCAACAGGUUGGAAGUUCUCAUUAAGAUUCUGUGUCAGAUUCGGCCAAAGCAAAGGCUGUUUGUAAGUUCAUGAUGUUGUUUGUGUCAAAGGUAAAUCAUUGUAAAAUUGUGUUUUUAAUCUAUUUAUAGAAAUAAAAUAACUUAUUCGUCCUAUGAUAGACCCAAUGUGCUUUUUCCACACUGGAACUGUGAUAUAUACCAAUGGAAAGUUUUUUCUUUUGUCUCUUUUGCCGACAUUCUCAGAAGGAAGGACACUUGAAUCUUACUGACAUUCGAUCCUGAUUGAAAACUACAGCCUUCUUUCAUUUUGCCAGUGUUACUGUGUCACAACACUUUGAAGAAAACCAUAACCUGGAAGAAGCAGACUGCUGAGGAAACUUUAAUUUACUACAUUGGAUUGACUGUUAAUGUGUCCUGCUGCUACAGAAUAAAACAUUGUAACAACAUGAAAA